AGAAUAGCAGAACGAAACCCCCUGUGUUUUGAAUGGUUCCAUCCACAGAGCCAACAUGGCGAGCAAGAGGCCCGCUGAAUUUGAAGAAGAGACAAAAGACGGAAACGGACCCAAAAGACAAAGAAAAGUGGCCUUAAUUACAGGAGUUAGUGGACAGGAUGGGUCCUAUCUGGCAGAGUUCCUGAUAAACAAGGGAUAUGUGGUCCAUGGUAUCAUCAGAAGAGCCUCUACCUUCAACACUGGCAGGGUGGAACAUUUGUACAAGAACCCCAUGGCUCAUUUUGAAGGAGACAAUUUCCACCUGCACUAUGGAGAUAUGACAGACAGUACCUGCCUUGUCAAGAUCAUAUCAGAGGUCCAGCCAGAUGAGAUAUACAACUUGGCCGCACAGAGUCAUGUAAAGGUAUCCUUCGACCUCGCUGAAUACACAGCAGAUGUGGAUGGGGUCGGCGUGCUGCGGAUGUUGGACGCCAUACGGACGACCGGUCUGGCCAGCAAGGUCAAGUUUUACCAGGCGUCCACCAGCGAGAUGUUUGGACUGGUGCAGGAGGUCCCACAGAAGGAGACCACACCUUUCUAUCCCAGAUCACCCUAUGGAGCAGCAAAGCUGUAUGCCUACUGGGUGGUGGUGAACUACAGAGAGGCUUAUAACAUCUUUGCCUGCAAUGGUAUUCUCUUCAACCAUGAGAGUCCCAGGAGGGGGGAAACGUUUGUGACCAGGAAGAUCACCCGUGGUGUCGCUAAGAUCUUGUUGGGGCAACAGGAGGACAUUGUGCUGGGGAACCUGGACUCACAGAGGGACUGGGGACAUGCAAAGGACUAUGUCAUGGCCAUGUGGAUGAUCAUGCAGCAUGAGGUGCCAGACGACUUCGUUGUUGCCACGGGAACAGUGCACAGUGUCAGGGAGUUUGUGGUCGCCUCCUUCAAGCACAUCGGAGUAGACAUCAUGUGGGAAGGUAAAGGACUUGAGGAGGUCGGCAAAGACAAGACAACUGGCACUGUACGAGUCAGGGUGGCCAAGAAGUACUACAGGCCAACAGAAGUGGACUUCCUACAAGGAGACAGUACCAAGGCGAAGAAGAUACUGGGAUGGGAGCCAUCAGUGUCCUUUGAGGAGAUGGUGAAAGAAAUGGUAGAGUCUGACAUUCAGUUGAUGAAGGAACACCCUCGUGCUUGAACUGACCAAUCAUGGACAGUGUCUUGUAUCAAGGCCCUAGUGGCCGAGAUGGUGGAUGCUGACAUUGAACUGAUGAGAGCACAUCCCUCUGCCUGAUCAACCAAUGAGGACAGCCCAGUUCUGUAGGCUGGCCAAUCAGACAUGACAUCCCUCUGCCUGAUCAACCAAUCAGGACGCUCCAGAGCUGUAGGCUGGCCAAUCAGAAGUGACCCCGGAGAGACAACAUUACUAGUUAGCACAGGUGUCAUCACAAAAAGUGACCAAUGAGGAAAAGCCUCUGAUAAGUACCUGAAUAGGAGAAAAUUGAUGUCAAUCAUUAGUUUCAAAAUUACCUAUUGAUAUAUGCUAGAAAAUCAUGUGUUGCAUUCUUUGUGGAAAAAAAAGAGAUUUCCAAUUGUAGAAUUUAGAGCACUAUGUAAAUAGCUUAUUUAUUGCACUAGAUCUGAUAGGUUGCAUAGACAAAUGUCUUAUCUUGAUUUUAUGAAAAAUCUCUUAGAUAUCUACUUAUCAUCAUAAUUAAGUCAUGAGCUUCUGGAAAGGUGGCAUUAUUUUGGAGUUGAGUUGGUAGGUACCUACAUGUACCAGACUUUACCAGACACAUCAUCUCUUUGGAAGGUGUAUCUGGUAUAAAUGGCCUGCCAUUGGUCCAAUCAUCUUUUGAUUGACAGGCUCAUUGGACAACAGAUGACCAGUGCCUUCUGAUAACAUAAACACUUUAUGUUGCACAAGUGUAUGGUUCAACAAUAGUUUUUACUCAAUAGUAUUGUAAUUUGCAGCAUCAAAGGCACCGCACUUCAAGGAAAGCUUCUUGACAAUAUAUUCAAUGUUAGCAUCUGCACUUAGUCUGUCCAAGAGAUUCUUUUUGGGCUAUGAAGUCCUGUGGCUGGCUAACUCUCAUGGCAAGCCAUUCUGUUUAGCAUACCUGUACUUUAUUGUAAUGUGAGAAUUUCAUGGGACUACAAUUAAGAUAAAAAAAGUGGAGGGUUGGAAGGUUGCUUACACAUUCCUAUCAGCAAUAAUGGAUACUGGACAUUUCUUCAGUAUAUACUAUAAUUACACUUGUGUGAAUGUUAAUUUAUUUCUCUUGCUUAAUCUGCAAUACAUAAAAA